AUGGCUGCACAACCAGAGAAACGCGCAUUUAACGAACUGCUGGAAUGUCCAAUAACAGGUGUACGCUUCGUUGAUCCUGUAAUCGCUGAUGACGGACAUACCUAUGAGCGUUCCGCUAUUGUUCAAUGGUUGCAAAACAACAGCACCAGUCCAAUGACGCGAGAACCAAUUUCACGUAAUUCGUUACGUCCAAAUUACGUUGUUAAGCAAAUGCUUGAAUUAGAUCAGCGAUCAGCAAAACAAAACUACAGAUUCAAAUUGAAUGUCGACGUAAAAAAGAAAGGCAACCGAGCGUUGUUUCAAAAUGGCGGCAAAUUUUUGUACGAAGCUGAAUGGUUAAACAAUCUGCAAGGACCCGAAAUAGUUCUUCUACAAAUUCGUGGUGCACGUGCUCUAAAAGAAGCAUCCUUCUAUGUUAAACUGAGCCAACAUCGAAAUAUUGUGCGUACAUUUGGUUUGGUUGAAACAGGCGAUGAGCAAAAUACUGGAAUGACGUUGCUUCAAGAAUAUGCACCUUUAGGAGAUCUUGCCGAAUUGUUAUUAAAUGCUUCUAUAUUGCCUCAAAAUACGGGAAUUUUUUACGAAAUUUUUCUUCAAAUAAUCGAUGCCUUGGUCUAUCUCACAGAGAAAUGUAUCGUUCAUGGUGAUUUAGCCUGUCGAAAUAUUCUCGUAUUUAAGUUUAAUCCUACCGAUUCCAAUCAAAAUCUUGUCAAAUUGACUGAUUUUGGUUUGGCUCGAGGAAGUUCUCUUUAUCAGACCACAACUUAUACAACAUCAACUAUCGCUAUAUUUCCACUUCGAUGGAGUGCACCCGAAAUUAUACAGGCAGCGACUGAUCGACAAUGUUACACGGAAAAGUCAGACAUGUUUUCAAUGGGUGUUCUCAUGUGGGAAGCUCUUUCUAAGGGAGCUUUUCCAUGGCAGGAAUUGACAGAUGAUCAGGUCAAAAAAAAAGUGUUGGGUGGUGAACGACUGAAACGACCGGCAACAAACAUGUGUACUGAUCAUCUAUGGCCAAUCAUUUUGAGAUGCAUGAAUCACGAACCACAAUACCGGCCAACAUUCAAAGAGUUGCACCGUCUGGUUUCAAAUUUAUAUCCUAACAGGGUACCACUUAGAUCAAGUAUUCCAAGUCUCGAUUUGCAGCCGUCACAAGCAGCGUCUACAAAUAUCUAUUCGCAACCGUCACGAUCAGCGACUAUGAACAGAAACCUAGAUAGCAUACUCUCUAUUCUAUCUGGGGCUGUUGCAUCAGCACAAGUAAUCGGUAAGAUCACAUGUUAG